CCGCCUCGCAGUCGACACUCACCCUCGAGCUUUCCUCACUCCUGCUACAGCAAGGGUCAAUGGACCCCCCACACACACUUGCACACAAAAGCGGGGACGUAAGGAUAAAAGUGAUGAAGACCCUAUCAUUUUAGGGUUUCCCUGGCUCAAACUUCACAAUCCCCAUAUCGACUGGGUCACCGGCAAGAUUCUGGGCUGGAGCCCUUACUGCUCUUCCUCUUGUCUGCAAUCCACAUUACCCCCAGCAGUGGGCGCCACUCCCCCACAAGACUCUGAAUCCCCGGAAUUAACUGGAGUUCCCCCUGAAUAUCAUGACCUGAAAAGGGUGUUCAGGAUCUCGCGCUGUCUCUCCCACCUCACAGACCUUACGACUGCGAGAUCAAACUGCUCCCCGAUGCCCCACUUCCAUCCAGCAGGCUCUACAAUCUCUCUCACCCUGAGAGGGAGGCCAUGGAGACAUAAAUCCGUGAAUCCCUUGCCACUGAUCAACUCUGCAUUUGAACCCCUGCAGCAGGCCACGGUCUUCUCCAAACUGGAUCUUCGCAACGCCUACCACCUGGUGAGGAGGUGGAGUGAGACGAAUGGAAGACUGCUUUCAACACCCUGCUCGGCCACUUUGAGUACCAGACCCGGCUCUAGGAACACAAAGCCACAUGCCCUCUCCAGGAUGUUUCACUCGCCCACGGAUACUCCCAGCCCUGACACCAUCCUUCCUCCCAGCUGUGUUGUGGCAGCAGUUUCCUGGGAGAUUGAGUCAGUCAUAAGGGAGGCCCAACGUACCCACCUGGAACCAGGUAACGGUCCUGCUAACAGUUUCUUUGACCUCGAUCCAGUCCGCUCUCAGGUCCUGCAGUGGGUCCACAACUCCCGUUUUGCCUGCCACCCCGGCUACCGGCAUCGCCCCCCCUUCGGUGAGCUCCAUCUGUUACCCAUGCCUGGUCGACCGUGGUCUCACAUUGCCCUGGACUACGUCACCGGCCUGCCCCCAUCCCAAGUCCCUUGUGCCCUCUGUCCAGGCCCCCUCCUCCCGCCCGGGUCAUCGACAACCACCCUGCCUAUUCUGUCCGGCGCCUGUUGGACGCGCGGCGCUGUGUGCGGGGCCUCCAGUACCUCGUGGAUUGGGAGGGGUAUGGUCCUGAGGAGAGACAGUGGGUUCCCCGUUCUUCCAUCCUCGAUGCUGGCCUGAUUAGGAACUUCCAUCGGGCCCACCCUGGCAGGCCUGGUAGGGUUGCUGGGAGGCUCCCAUAGGAGAGGGUUACCCCAUGUGCGGAGUCGCUGCCUGCCUGCCUGCCUGCCUGCCUGCACACUGAUUCACCUGCCUGUCUGCUCUUUGCCCGCAAGCCUGUCUGUCUGCCCUGACAGAGUCCAGAAACACUGUCGACAGAUUCUCUCCUUGCCUGGAAUUCCUCGCUACCUCCCCAACCCUUUGGCUUUCCCUGUGCACAUUAAUAAAUUCUGCCUGUGUUCUCAUAA